CGUGUUCUUCUAGUGCGGUGUGCAGUACGCCAGUACGUGUAUCAGUCGCAAUAUCGUCGUCGGUCUGCGCGGAGUACGUGCUGCAGAUAGUGCAUUAUCGUAAUACCGACACAACUUUAAUAUAUUAUUUUAUAGAUUUUCACUGGACUAUUUCGCAGCUGUAUAGGCGACGAAGAGGACAUUUGUUUUUCACAAGACAUUUUAAGCUUCAACAUUACGAAGCUCGUGAGAAAAUCCAAUAAUGUGGUGGCCCCGGCCACGGUGGAAGAGUGACAUUUUCACACGUUUUGUACUACUGUUAUUAUUCAUCAUCACAACCACAAAUACGAAAAACGGAGUGAUGGCAGACGAAGGGCAGCAACAUUGCGGCUCGGGCAAUAUGUCUGCCGUGGUAUGGACAACUGUCUUUUGCACGAUGCUAUUAGUUUUAGCGAUUGUUGCGAUAUAUUUUAUUUACUGUAAGAGAAGAGAACACGGCUGGUCAUCGUUAUGGUGGAAAAGCAAUUCGGACAAAAAUCUCGUACUACAAACAUCGGCUCCCGUGAAAAACCAACAACAAMUGAAAAAUGGCGGCACCGAUAAUCCAGCAUUUUCAUCGGAUGCUUAUGUUGGCGACUGUGCUACAAAAACAGGAUUGACUAGGGUCGUGCGCAUUACCUCGUCAUCUAUCAGCGAAGGGUCGCUGUUAAACGAAUUGUCAUUAAACGAAGAAGAUGGCAGACAAAUCUAUAUGUGCAAACACAACGACGGAUCAAAAGAUCGUUUGGUUGCGUUGCGGUUGGUGUUUGAUAAAGGGCAACAACAACUGAGCAGACCUACAGCCUCGGAUCUAAGUAGCUCGCUGAUUGAGCUGAGUCGCAAGUACGGGUUACAUGUUGAACUGGAAACUGAGGGAGAAGCGGUCGUAGGGACAUCGGGAAAAUGCAACGAUACUACUUCAGCAAAAUGUGGAAAAUCAAACAUCCUGUCGGCUGUCCGUGGAAAAGCGCAACGUCUGUGGAACCAUAGACAGUUCGUUUUCAAAGGGGGUGACAGUAGCGGCCGUGUGAACGCGGACAAGGAGAUCGUUGACGGUGACUUAGAAAGCGGCCGCGCAGAAGCCGUCCACGCAGGUACGGCUCCACCGGUCCAGAAAUCUUCWUCUUCUGUGAUGACGGUCAACGAAACCGGRGCCGCCCAACGGCCGGCACGAAACAAUGGCGGAUCGUUACGGUACCGCACUCUGGAAUACGGUGCAUCACCCGUGGAUGCUGAAACGCAGUCGUCACCAGACAGUGGCGUCCAGUGCUGUACAGUCAAUCCAUCGGUACCUGUCCCGGGGAAGGUGGAUAAAGACGCGGCUGCCUCAGUGACAGUGACRAUCGACAGUGAUGUGGUAGUGGCGGAGGCAGCGGUAGAUAAAGAUACAGUAGUCGUGGCAUCAGUGAACGAUGUGGUAGUGAUGGUGGAAAAACAYGAAGCAGUCAGACAGGACAAAGACGAAGCAGUCAAAGCGGACAAAAACGAAGCAGUCAAAACGGACAAAAACGAAUCAGUCGUGGAAUCGAACAAAAGCGCUGCAGCUGUGUUGAAAACAGUCGACGACGAGAAGAAAUCGGUAGUGAUGGCUAAACUGAAAAAUGACGAACCGAAACACGCUAACCCACCGCCACCGCCUCCACCUCGUAAGUACAACACGGUGGUGGUUCCACCAACUGUUCCAGUGACUGCGGUCACCGUAUCGCUUGCCACCGCUGCUGCAGUAACCUGCAACGCGUCUGUGGCCGAUAACGCUACUGUUCCAACGGAAUCCUGCACGGCAUCGGUUCCUGUCGCGUGUACCGAACCGGUCAAGCCGCCUGCCGCUGCGAUAAACGAAAUCCGAGUGGACGAUGACUAUUAUUGGUGCACCACAACCACCAUGGCGCCGUCAAUGUCUACCUUUGGGAAACGACCGUCCGCGAUGUCAAGUGUCGAAAGCGGCAGUGGUGGUGGUGCAGCGGAUACCACGAUUGGUGACGGAGCUGCAGCCGUCCAAGGCGUGUACGACAAAGGCGCCACGAUGGCCCCGCUCACGGCGGACGACAAUCGUGACGUGGUGGCCGGCGCCACGACCAGUAUCGAGGACGCAUCGUUGCCGUCUUUUUCGUCUGACGAAGAAGAGGACGAUGAUGAAAACUGCAGCAACAGCGUGGUGUUGGCCGUCGACAAAUCUAAGUUCCCGCUGUGCAGUUCCAUCAGUACUUUGGCGGACGUUGUCGGAGGAGUAUCCGGUGAUGGCACCGACGUAAUAAAGAUUGACUGCAACGGGGAGUCACUGAAUAAUAAAAACAAAAACAAUAACAACAACAACAACAACAACAACUGCGAUGUCGAUGUCGACGGCUCUAGAGUGGCGCCGCCUAACUCGGCGGAACCGAAAUCGCCCACAAAGCUGCCAUCUCUACGGUUGUCGCUGUCUUCUCCACUAUCGUCUACAGUCAAUACAUCGUGCUGUUCGUCGUCAGCAUCGUCGACCUCGUCGACCUCGCCGUCACCCACGAAUAGCAGCACCAACAAUUCGCCAAUCGUGUCGAAAAUACCGGUACGGCGGCAGUCCGCCGGCUCAGGAGUAGUGUCCGUUUCCACUCCUCUGGCAAACGGCACCGCCAAGAAAGCCAUUCCGUUACCGCUGUCGAGGAGCGGUUCCCGGUUAGCCAUGUGGACUUCGGCCAACUGACCAAUUGCAUCGCACGAAACAAAAACUGUAUAGUUGUUACGACCUGCGACAUUUAUUAUUUCAUGCGUAUUAUACCACCAAUAUUAAUUUUUGAAUAUAUUUUGUAGCACUAUCGUGCGCGAAA